CAUCGCUUUUCCAACAUUUUUGUGCAUCAAGAGAGGAGAAAAAAGACAGUCCUCGUUUUCAUUAUUCUAUCCUUCAAUUUUCAAAGACGCCAUUUUUAUCAACUUCAUCUCCCUCGCAUUCCUCUCAUUUUCCCCAUAAUUGGUGAUACUUUUUUGUUUUGUUAAUUUUCCUGCCAAAAAUCGAUCAAUGGCUGAAACCACCUCGGCCCUCUGCUUUUCGGCCUUUUCCAGCUCGCUCCCUUUCGCUAAGGAGUCGCCAUUUUCGUCUCCCCCGACCUUCUCUUUUGCUUCGCGCAGAUUCCCUUCGCAGCUCGAUCGCCGGCGAUCGCCGCCUCUAGGGUUCGCCUUGAAAGCAUCCGGGUCGGCCCAUUUCCCCGGAGAUGACGAUUUCGGGUUCUACCCGUGGGAAAAUCUGGAUGCAGCUGAAUCUUAUGUGCAGUGGGUUUCAGAGGAUAGAGUGACAUUGUUUACUUGUGAUGGUCUAAUCCAAAUUGGGGGGAAUCUUGUUCCUCGUCGCGUUUCUUCAGCUGACAAGAAACAAGUGAAGGCGAAAAUGUCUCAAAGAUCUCUACGGUUUCAAGAGAGCAAUUACAUGGAUCCAAAUCAAAGCCUAUGCUUGGGUGCACUUUUUGAUAUUGCAGCAACUAACGGUCUUGAUAUGGGUAGACGCCUCUGUAUUUUUGGCUUCUGUCGCUCGAUUGAGAUGCUUUGUGAUGUCGUGGAGGACACUGUUUUGGAGCAUGGUGGAGAGGUUGUGACAGCGGAGAAGGCGACAAAGGAGGGUUUGCACGAGAAGCUAAAAAUGACUGUUGCAGUGCCGUUGCUUUGGGGGGUCCCACCGGCUUCAGAGACUCUUCACCUUGCGGUUAGGAGUGGGGGUGGGAUUGUGGACAAGGUUUAUCGGCAAUGGGACUUCCUGUAGAUAGUUCGCUAAUCCCUUCCUAACCAUAAUCACGGGUACCAUCGACUUCGUAAUCUUAAAUUCACUCCCUUUUCAUCCCACCUGGUCGCGAGCAGAUGAAUCUUCAAGUACAAUAAGCACAUGCAUGAUCGAAUCUUGAAAAACUCGCAGAACCUUUCUUCAACAAUUUUAACUCGCCAUUAGUCCACAUCGCAUUGUUAGACACAGAAAAGUAAGUGUGUACUAGAAUGAUAUUAAAUUAUCACGCUUUCGACAACUUAGAUGAUCUGGUUGCAACCAAGAUCGACUCUCUUUAUAUGGUAAUCUAUAUCUAUCUUUCUAUAUACUUUCCUUCAAAAAAAA